AACUAAACCGCCGCCAUGCUCCUACUCGACUACCAGAAUGUCUUAAUUGAGUCUCUGCUCAGGGACCGUUUCAAUGGAGGAGCUCCAGCAAACAUCGACCAGGUUGUGUCCGACUUUGAUGGCGUCACAUUCCACAUCUCGACACCCGAGAGCAAAACAAAGAUACUAGUCUCUCUGCACAUCAAGUGUUACCACGAAUUGGUGCAGUACGGUGCACAGGCGAUACUGGAGCGCGAGUAUGGACCGUACAUUGUGGAGCCUGAGUCUGGGUACGAUUUCUCGGUGCUGGUAGAUCUGGAAAACCUCCCAGAAGAUCAGGAGGGCAAAGAUGACCUGGUCCGACGUAUAUCCCUCCUCAAGCGUAACGCCAUGGCUGCACCCUUCGAGCAAGCCUUUGACGAGUUCCAGCAACUGCAGGAAGAAGCCUCUAAGUACACCUCAGAGUCGGCGCCCCAGGGUAUGAAGGAAGGUGGUGAAGUGCGUGCAAUCCACUACCGGGAGGAGGAAGCGAUAUACGUCAAGGCCAGCUACGACCGCGUCACAGUCAUUUUCUCCACCAUCUUCCGAGAGGAGACGGACAGAAUAUUCGGCAAGGUUUUCCUUCAGGAAUUCGUGGACGCCAGACGGAGAGCUAUCCAGAACGCACCACAAGUCCUCUUCCGAAACGACCCGCCUCUAGAGCUGCAGGGUGUUCCAGGAGUCGACACAUCUGGCUCUGCUGACAUUGGCUACAUUACAUUUGUUCUCUUUCCGCGUCAUUUGGCAAACCAACGACGGGCAGAUGUCAUCUCUCACAUCCAGACCUUCCGCGACUACUUCCACUACCACAUUAAAGCAUCCAAGGCAUACAUCCACUCAAGGAUGCGUAAGCGCACAGCUGAUUUCCUGCAAGUCCUUCGCCGCGCGAGACCUGAGGCUGAAGAGAAGGAGCGUAAGACGGCCAGUGGCCGAACAUUCAGGGUCCAGGCAUAA